AUGAGUGCGCCCUUUAUACCGGAGCUCUCUCUAGGCACGGUGGAAACAGGCGGCGGUUGGGGUGUUGGGGAGAAGUUCGCACGACUACCGCCCGCCUCUGUGCAGGCCGAAUCACGACUGCCGAUGUAUACAUUAGCCCCAGAGCGGGGAGGUGUGCACAACAGCACCGACUCGGAGGAGGACUCCAGCAGUCAAGAAGUAGGAUCCGCUGGGGCCACCAUCACAGCAGCCACCGGACCAACAAACUCAACAUCUGUAGGAAAGAUGGAAACAGUGCCAACGACGCAAUAUACACCGAAUACUAUUGAUGAUGAUAAUACAUUUGUAGAUCAUGGUAGUACAGCUGUAGCCUCUACACCAGCUAAUGAUAGUCUUGUGAAUAAUAAUAAUAAUAGUGCUAAUACCUUGAAAUCAAAGAAAGGUCGAUCUCCUGUGCUUCACCCAAAACUCUCACGUCCAGUUUCCCGCAUGUCGGUAGGCCAACCAGUGCGUGCAAUGGUUGUAGGCCCAGAUGCUGGUUCUUUAUUAGUUGCCGUUGGAGAUGAUGAAGUAGCUAUUAUGGAUUUUAAAGGGGUAGAACUUAAUAUUAGUCGAACAUUACAUGUUACUCAUGUUUAUGCUUUGGCGGUGGUACAUGUACCAGCGGCGAAAUCUGUUUCAUUUAAAUCUGCUCCUUCAACCACACAAAAUAACAAUCGUACAAGUGGAUCAAAAUCAAAACCUAGUACAAGUGAAAGUGAAGAAAGUUAUGUUCUUUGGUGUGGAGUAGCACGUGGUAAUAUCGCAAUUUUUGAUUUAACUGAUUUUACUUCAAGUGGUGUUAUUAGAAAUGCACAUACACAAACUAUUACAGGAUUGUGGUCUUUUGGUAAUGGUAAGGUUUGGACAGCUGGUUAUGAUAAAGCACUUAAAGUAUGGGAUCCACAAACACGACGUCGUACAAAGAGUAGAAACAUUGCUACUAUUAUAUCUGAUUUAUGUUAUUUACGUAACUAUAAACAAGUAUGGGGUAUUAGUGAUGAUACACUUAUUCGUGUUUUUGAUAGUUCUGGAAAUAAUGUACGAGUAGUAAAGCAAUCAACUGAUAAACCAGAAAAUUCUCUUCGUAUGAAGAGUGAAAUGCGUUUUAUUAAAUAUUAUGAACCUGAGAGUGUCGUUUAUGUUGCCCUUACACGUGGACUUGCCGUUAUUGAUCCUAGUACAUGUGAUAUUCUAGUGAAUAUCAAUGUCACCCUCACUUCCAUGGCAUUUCUAGAAGACAAAGCCCUUGUCACUGGUCAUGGAGAGUUACUGCAAUGCACAACGGAGGCCAUUGGUUUAAUAGAUAUUAGUGAUCCACUUGUGCCAUCUCUUCUCUUUCGUGGUAUCGCACUAGAGGGAAGUGUUACUUCUGUUGGAAUGCGACUUCUCACUGCUCUACCAUUUGCUGUCACUGUACAGGAGACAGGACGGUCUGAGCGGUAUCUCACGGUGUUUAACUAUGAGGAUUCCAAACAGUUUGGUAAAGGCGCAGGUGCGGCGUAUGUGCCUCAACAACGAAAAGUUAUGUUAGAAGGUCCAAGUACUCGUCGUACAGGAGUUAUUCCAUAUCAUCAUAACGUUGUCACGCCCAUUUCUCCAUCUAUCGCCACUACUACUACUACUACCAACACUACCAACACAACAACAGCGGCAGGAGCAGGAGGAGCACAUGUACCGCAUAAUUCUAUUGUAUUUGCUACAGGAAAAAGACCGACAACGAUGCGGGAAGAGAGUAAUAUGAGUAAUCCACCACAGCAUCGCGUCGCUGUUGCAGCAUCAUCUCGGAAUGAGAACAAUAACGCCAAUACUAAUAAUAAUACUAAUAAUAAUAGUAAUAAUAAUAAUAAUAAUAAUAGCCAUCACAGCUACAAAAAUAGCAGUAAUAGUAACAGUGCUAAUAACUUAGGUUAUAUUGAGAAGGGGCUGUCCGUCCAGAUUGAACCACCCGCAGGUCUUAUGGAAUCUUUAACUAGUAUAGAAAAAAAGACAGAAGAUCUCAAAGGACUCUUCGCCCAAACACGUGUCUCACGUUUGUUAUUGGAUGAUUUUUCCAAAUUACAUUUAUCUGUUUCUCAAAUGGCAAUGAACAAUGAAUUAGGUCCAAUACUUGAUGCCGAUCGAAUGGCCUCUAUUGAGAAGGAAUAUCAAACACUUGAGGGUCGUGUUAUCGCGGCAGCAGUGGAACGUCUUCGUCGUAAUGCGGCUUCUGUUUCAACUUCAGCCGCAGCCACAACUGUAGCACCUGUUCCUAAUACUAUUGCUAAUACUCCUGGAUCCGCCAUACCAUCUACACCAACUUCUGGGGGUAUUCAAGAUAGUGAGAGACGACGUCCUAGUGGAGCCCCUCCAAUAGAUGUUGAACGACGUGGAACUAGUGUGGCUGAAAGUAAUAGUAAUAAUAACAGUUCUACCAGGAUGGAUGAGAGUAGCACCAUUGGUGGUUCAGAACUUCCACCUGAGUCAUUAUUACGUUGGGUUGCCCAAAUUACACGUUCUGGACAGGGUGAACGGGAAUCGCAUAGACGUCAAAUUGAAAGUUUACAACGUCAUAAUACACGUAUAGUUGAACGUAAUGCAGCGUUUAUAAAUGGUAUCGCUCGUAUGGAACAGGCUCUUCGAACACAUGCACAACGUCUUCUUGAAGAAGCAGAAACCUCUCUUGUGAUGUCUUCUGAUUCUAGUUUUGAUUCUUCCAAUCAACAUUCUUUCCAUCGUCAUAUGCACCUUAUCAAUCAAACUAUACAAGAAGUUGAACAGAUAUCGGUAUCUAGUUCUCCAAAAAAGAUUACAGAGUGUAUUGUUGGACUCAUCUCUUUGGUAUCAAGACUUCUUUCUAUGCAGCAAUAUAUUCAUAAUGAUGGAUCUACAAAACGUGUUACAGGUGAAUUUUCACCUGAUAAUGUAGUUCUUGAUCAGAAUAAUGAUGUAGGGAGGUUAAUACUUAGUAAUGGGAAUACCGAACAACAUAUAGGUCGUUCACAAUCUCCAAUUCCCACCGCAAUUGCAGUACUUACAGUACAACCUCAAAGGACAUUAGGUAUUAUUGAAGGUCAACUUACAUCGGUAGAGGAAUUUUUAAAAGAAGUUGGACGAUUUUGGUGUUGCCUGGAAGAGACUCAAAAAGUUAUUUAUCAACCUUAUGAAGGAGAUGCUAAACCAGAUUUAUUUCGAGAUUUUAUGCAAUUUGCUGUUUUAUGGCAUCUUCGGGAAGCACAAGUUAUGGUGGAUGUCUGCCGUAAUGAGGCGAUUUUGGUAAUGGCAGAGACCUUAUUAUCUGAUUUAGAGAGUCAAGAAAAUACUGUAGAAAGUGGUCUGGGAGGCUCUUUACGUGGUGUUAACGCUGGAAUCUCUGCAGGUGGAGUUGGUGGAACAACCACGAAUACUACAAUGGGAUCUGCAAACCUUGCUGAAACCAUUAGAAAUGACUCUGCACGCCUCGUUGGUUUAGGCAUUGAAUUAGAGUCUAUUGCCUCACGUAUGCGUGAAUCCCUUAAAAAAUCGAGUCGGAGUCUUCCUGAAGGUAUACCAAAAGAAACUGUUGGUGGAUUCUUUUUAAUACCAAGUGAAAAAUUGCAUGUAGAUGAUACAAAACUACGUGGAAUGCUUCACUGGGAACGAGUGACGAUGCAUCUUAUCUUUGAAUGCCUUGAGUGUCUUGAAGGUCUUCUCUUUCAUAGUGAUGAACAACCACGACCAUUUCGCAAGGAUAACUUUAAAGCCCUUGAACAGCAAAUGGAUGAUUGGAGUCUUUUCCUUGAGGAUGUGUUAAGUGAGACGACACAGUUACGAUCUGUGAUUCUCUCCUCCCAUCGUACCAGUAGUGCCGUACGUGCGGGUUCAUCUUCCAUGCCGCAAAGUAGCCAUCAUCAUCAUCAUCAUCAUCAUCAUAAUAAUAACAACCAUACGGAUCACAAUAACUUCAAUCGAACCACUAGCAGCGCCGCUACGACGACAAAUACGAAUUCCCAACUGCGGCAGAGUACAGGCAGUGGAAGUUACGGUCCUCUCCCAUCCACAGAUACUGUUCGCAGUUCCGAUGCGGUGGAUGUGCCGUGUGGGACGCCGUGGGUGGUGCUGUUUGGUCUCUUUAUGCACAUCGCCGCCCGCCCCCGCCCGCCAGCGCUGCCGUCACUCUUCGCAGCGCCCGACGCCGGCGACUUUGGCCUCAUGGCGCCCUUCGACGACGUGGCGGAGGCGGCGGAGACGGUGCGGGCGAAGAGCACGGCGUUGCUGCUGUACUGCCGCAAACUGCAGAGUCGACUGGGGCGGGUGGUGGAGGAGGCGGUGGUGCAGGAGGAGACGGGGCUUGUGUACAUCCCGGCCUGGCGCGGGGGAACCAUCGCGGAGCGGUACUGUAAGGGAUUCUGUCAUGAUUUGUGCUAA